CCGUAACCCAAUCCAAACGGGCUCUCUGGUUAAACAAAUUUAAACGAGGAGUAGUAGUAUAUUUCUUUUAUUGGAGAAAAACUUUUGUAAACGAAACGGUAAAGUAGUACGGCGGACGAUCGUAAAUCUUGCAUAGGAAAAUGGAGUGGGAGACUGACGAGAAAGAAUUAAAGGCCGCCGGAGCUGAGGCUCUGCCGGACGGACGUUGUGGAGUCCGUAUUCAGGGCUGGGAGAUUGAGUCUCGCAAGCAUUCCAUUCUCACUUCUCUUCAACUUGAAAAAUGGGAAGAAGGACUUCAGACCUCUCACUUGCCAGAGAUGGUAUUUGGGGACAAUUCUUUGGUGCUUAAACAUGUGAAUUCUGGCACAAAAAUUUACUUUAAUGCAUUCGAUGCUCUAGUUGGUUGGAAACACGAAGCGUUACCACCUGUUGAAGUUCCAGCAGCUGCAAAAUGGAAAUUCAGAAGUAAACCUUUGCAACAGGUGGUGCUUGACUAUGACUAUACCUUCACAACACCUUACAAUGGAAGUGAAACUGUCGAAAGGAAUGCCGAGUGUGUAAGAGGGUUAUCAAAUGGAAGCAGCUGCAGUCUUCAGUGGGAGGAUUGCAUGGAGAAAAUUGAUUUGGUUGCACUGGCAUCAAAAGAACCUAUUCUCUUUUAUGAUGAGAUCAUCUUAUAUGAGGAUGAACUUGCUGAUAAUGGAAUCUCACUUUUGACUGUUAAAGUGAGAGUCAUGCCAAGUGGUUGGUUUCUAUUGCUGCGCUUCUGGCUUAGAGUUGAUGGAGUGCUUAUGAGGCUAAGAGACACUCGUUUACAUUGUUCAUUUGGGGAGCAUGUGAAAUCAGUUAUUCUUCGAGAAAGCUGCUGGAGAGAAGCAACAUUUCAAGCCUUGUCUUCUGGAGAAAUCAUUCAUCUGCUCUGAUGCAGCACUGAUUCAGGACACUGGUGCAGAAAUUAGUUACAUAAAGCAGAAUAGUUGACAGGAUUCUGGGAGGAUUUUCAUAAAGAACUGAUUAGGCCUUGGAGUAAGAUUGCUGCUGUAGUGAAAUGAAGAAACCAGAUCCAACUGGAGUGAGAAGAAAUGCAGGAAACAAAGAAGAGGAGCAAGUAGGAGAAAAGGGGUGGGGAGUUGGGCAGUCCUCUUUACCCUCGUAUGGGUAGAAGCUAUCUAUGCACACCCCAUUUUCAUAUCAUAAUCUUCUUCAUAACCCGAUCGUUACAAUUUAUCUUUCUAUUACACCUAAUAACAAGAAGCAUAAGUCUUGGAGACCAAAACCUUUUAGAAAAUCAGGGGACUAAGUUUUAACUAGACAUUUUAAAGAUCGAUUUUAGUAGGACUCAAUUAUACUUCUACAAAUGGCCCAAACCACUAUAGCAGAUGCCAUAUUGUGCAAGGGCGCACAGGCAAAAAAGAAAAAGAAAAUGGAAGAAGCCAAAAAAGUAGUUGGGCUCCCUUUGACCAAAUUCUCAAAGUAGCCUUGACAAUCUUUGACCAAAUUCUCAAAGUAGCCUUGACAAUUGAAUGUAAAAAUCCUUGAAAGUAAUGUCAGCAUUAAUUACAUGGCGUUAACACUCUCUGUAUAUGACAUUAUGAUGUCAAUUGUUCCAUCUAAAAGCACCUGCUAGGAAUGUGAUUAUCUUAGUCCUCCUUGAGGUAUACUCAGCCUCGGUUGUACUGCUGGUAAGAAUUUUGAGAGAGUUCAGUUCAGUUGGUCCAAUUAAGUGAAGGAGAUCUUUCUUCUUUGUGUACCCGUUUUAAGAAUUUCUUUACUUUAGAUGUGCACUUUGUAUCUAGUUGCUUUUGAAUGGUAAUUGGUAAGAAAAAAUAUUAUAAAUAUAAACAGCAAUGCACUAAGAUAGCUCUGCUAGGAAAUUACUGAGAACCCCCUACCUGAAAUUGCUUUUAAAUGGUAAUUGGUAAGAAAAAAUAUUAUAAAUAUAAACAGCAAUGCACUAAGAUAGCUCUGCUAGGAAAUUACUGAGAACCCCCUACCUGAAAACAAAAGGAAGGGUUCUUUCCUAUACAGAUUCCUAUUCCUGCAGUGAGUCUAUAAAAUCUACAUGCUUUUGCCGUCCUUUACAUCCUGCACCAAAAAGCCAAAAACCAAAGACAUUUGUAUUUUAGCUGCUGUGUAGAGACAGCUUUCCCUUCAAAACAUCUGGAACUUCUUCAGUCCCACAAAAACCCAACACACACACACGCUGACACUGUAUUCCACAAGAUCCUUGCUGAUUUCCUGAUACAAUUUACAAUUGCCCCAAGCAGUCAACAGAUUCUUCACAUUGAAAGGCAUAACAAAAUGCUGGCUGAAAAGAUUGUGGAACAGAUUCCAAAGUUUGUAUCUAGUUAGCACUUCAUAUAUUGGGUCUGAUAGGAUAGCUCUGGUGUUGGAUCGUAUUUAUUUUA